AUGGAAUACGAAGAAAGAGAUUUAAAAGAUGGAGUAUUCCCAGCCUUAGUAAUAAAAGGUCAAGGUAGACCCGGAAUUAAAAGAUAUUUAAAAAAUGUUAAAAAAGGAAAAGUUGCUAUUGAUUAUUGGAAUGAUAUUUCAUCAGUAUCACUUGAUGGAAAAUUUGGAGGUAGUUCAGCAGAAGCUACCCGUGAACUAGAAGAAAGAAUAAACGAGCGAACCAUUGGAGUUAAACCUCUUAAACUUUUCACCAAAAUUAUCCAACUCUGGUGUCCUCCUAAUGGUCUAGUUUUAGACCCUUUUGCUGGCACAGGAACUACCGGUGAGGCAGUUUUAAAACUUAACCAAACUGAAAAAUCUAACCGCUCUUUCAUCCUCAUCGAACAAGGCAACCCCAAAAAUGGCGACACCUUUGCCCGUAGUUUAUUAGUUCCUCGUCUAAAAUCAGCCAUCACCG